AUGGGUAAAUGUUUAUCUCGCCCGGAGCGGCACAAUACUCUGCCCAAGCGUCUUUACCCUGCCGGUACUCCCGAUAAUGAGCAAGCAAGCAUGUACAGCCAUCCAAACAUUAUGCUUCAGUCAAACAAAUCAUCACGCAUCACUACUCCCUGCGCCAAGGCAACUACCUCAACAAAGCAGGCCGCGCGCAAGAGACACCCUCGUCAUCGCAACCGGGAGACCAGGCAGACGAAGCGGAAUCUCAAGGAUAUUCGGGAGCGUCUUGAAAAUGCUCGUGGGCGGUGUAACGUAGCCAAGGAUGAAGCCGCGUCUUGUGAGAAAGAGAUUACCAACUUGUUCCGGGGAAUGAAUGGCCGACGUGGUCUAGCAACGGUUCAAGCCGAGAAGGGAUUCCGGGACGGGAAGCCUGAGGAUGUCUAG